AUGGUGAUGCCCAAGAGCAGUGCAGCUGAGAAGGCCCGCCAGGCCUACCAAGAGGCAGAGGACGUUGCCAAGAAAGAUUUGGCCGUGACACAUCCCAUCCGCCUUGGCCUGGCUUUGAACUACUCGGUGUUCAUGUACGAGGUGUUGGGCAAUCCCGACGAUGCCUGCAAGAUGGCGCGCACUGCUUUCGAGGAUGCCAUUGCCGAGCUGGACAAUGUGGCAGAGGACUCUUACAAGGACUCGACCCUGAUCAUGCAGCUUCUGAGGGACAACCUGACGCUGUGGACCUCCGACCAGGAGGGAGGACAGGCCUAA